UCUGUGACCAUAAGUAUGUCUUGUAAUGAAGUUUCUUUAAGUUUUCAUGUUUAUUUCUCACAGGCCUACUUCCAUUUGGGAAUCAAUGACAAACUAGGAUUAUCUGGAAGACCAGACAGGCCUAUAGGAUGCCUUGGAACGUCAAAGAUUUAUCGAAUACUAGGAAAGACUGUAGUUUGCUACUCGAUUAUUUUUGAUCUAAGUGAUUUCUACAUGUCUCAGGAUGUCAUGAUGUUGAUUGAUGACAUUAAGAAUGCACUGCAGUUCAUCAAGCAGUAUUGGAAAAUGCGUGGUCGUCCACUGUUUGUUGUACUUAUCCGUGAAGACAAUAUAAGAGGGAGCAGAUUCAAUCCAAUAUUAGAUAUGCUAGCAGCCUUUAAAAAGGGAAUUGUUGGAGGAGUAAAGGUUCAUGUUGACCGAGUACAGACAUUAGUAUCUGGAGCAGUUGUGGAGCAACUUGACUUCCUAAGAAUCACUGAAACAGAAGAGGCUCCUGUAUUUAAGAGUUUGGAGGAGCUGGAUCUUCCAAAACAUUCAAAAGUCAAGAGACAGUCUAGUACUCCAAAUGCUUCUGAACUUGAGCAGCAACCAGACAUAAAUAUUAAUGACUGGAAAAACAAGUCAACAUAUGAGAUUCUGCAGAAACUUGAUGACUGCAAUUGUCUAGCAAGUCAAGCGCUGCUUUUGAGCAUACUGCUUAAAAGAGAAGGACCGAAUUUCAUCACCAAGGAAGGUACUGUUGCUGAACAUAUUGAAAGAAUCUAUAGACGAGCUGGCAGCAAGAAGCUCUGGUCUGUUGUGCGCUUCGCAGCAAGUCUUUUAGGUAAACUAGUGGACAGCCUUGCACCAUCUAUUACUAAUGUUUUAGUUCAGGGUAAACAGGUGACACUUGGAGCUUUUGGCCAUGAGGAAGAAGUUAUUUCUAAUCCCUUAUCCCCAGCAGUCAUUAAGAACAUCAUCUAUGAAAAAUGUCAGUUACAAGAUGAAAGAGAAGCUGUAGUUCAGCAGGAACUUGUCAUACAUAUCGGCUGGAUCAUCUCAAAUUCACCAGAGCUUUUCAGUGGCAUGCUGAAGAUACGGAUUGGAUGGAUUAUCCAUGCCAUGAAGUAUGAACUGAAAUUCCGUGCAGGGGAUAUGCCGGCCAAGGACUUGUACCAGAUGUCCCCUAGUGAAGUGAAGCAGCUUUUGUUGGAUAUUCUUCAGCCACAACAGCAGGGGAGAGGCUGGCUUAACCGACGACAAAUCGAUGGUUCUCUCAAUCGAACUCCUGCUGGAUUCUAUGACAGGGUGUGGCAAAUCUUGGAGAGAACUCCAAAUGGUUUAAUAGUAGCAGGGAGAUAUUUACCACAGCAACCAACCUUAUCGGAUAUGACGAUGUACGAAAUGAAUUUUUCCCUCCUAGUUGAAGAUAUGCUGCAAAAUAUUGACCAGCCAGAAUACAGGCAAAUCAUUGUAGAGUUGCUGAUGGUUAUAUCUGUUAUUUUGGAGAGAAAUCCAGAGCUAGAGUUCCAGGACAAAGUAGACUUGGACAAAGUGGUACAAGAAGCAUUUCAUGACUUUCAGAAAGAUCACAACAGGCCAAAGGGAGCUGAACACCAAGAUGACAUGACUGCAUUCUACAACACUCAUCCAGUUGGAAAAAAGGGAACAUGCAGCUACUUGAGUAAGGCUGUGAUCAGUUUACUGCUAGAAGGAGAUGUGAAAACAAGCAAUGAUGAUCCUUGUACUAUUAGCUAAAGCUUCAAGCACGAUGUAGUAAUUGUUGCUUUAUUCACUGUUAAACAUUUUCAGGCAUGCAUUAAAAUACUGUUUUGAAAAGUAAUCUGGUUAGUAACACAAACACGCACCAUCCUUUGCUGAAAGAAGUGCCAUUAGAGACACUAAGUGCCCCUUAUUUUUCAUUUCUCUACUAUGCAGCAUGAAAGCAUACUGAAAGCACAUGAUAUUUGACUAAGUUGAAAGGCAUUGUACCUGUGAUCUUAAAUUGUGCAUUUACUGUAGCUGAUAUCUUAGAGAAAUAUAAUGUAAGAUUCUGCUUUUAUACCUCUAUUUAUAAUUGCAAAGAAGUUUAUUGUAAAUUCUAAAUGAAAUUCACAAAAUACUGUACUUAAUGAAGGCACAGGAAACUGCAGCAAUAUAAAACCAUGAUUUACUGUUUUUUCCUGAUUCUGCACACAAAAUGGAGGUAAAUAAAUUACAAAUAAUUUAUAUUUUUGGAUAAAAAUCAUCUUUUCCAUUCACAACUCACACUUAUUUGUUUGGAUUUUAAUUUUCAACUUGAUAACUUAAUACAUAGGUUUCACUGCAACUGAAUAACUGUUUUUUUUCUCCAGCAAUAAACACAACUACUUUCCUAAUUGUUUAAUAUCUGCAUAAAGGGAAAUACAUGAUAAUGAGAAAACAUUGUUUUGUAGCCUUUUUUUUUUUUAAGAAAGCAAGGAAACCUAUUUAAAAUGAACAUCAGUGACAAAAACUCUAAAUGAGCUAUCAAUGCAUAAAGGACUUCAAAAUAAA